AUGAUACACUUUUUUGUUAGUGUUAAUGAAGGACAAAGAAAUAUAAUCAGUCAGCAAAUUAUUAAAGUGGCUGAGGACGCAUGUAUAUUUGGCGAAAUAUAUGAAGCAACUACUGAGGGCAUAUUUGGCAACCGGGAUGUAAAAGUCUAUGUAGGAAAAGGGGAUGGCAAGUGGAACUAUCUCAAAGAAGGACUUUGUGAUGAAAUAUCUUUAAUGUCAGAGCUAGGAUUAAAAUAUAUACGAUUUAUUGUACAAACUGAAGAACCCAAUGACCCACCACAACCAAUACAACCAACAGGACAAACUGCAUUUGACGUUAUGAUAGAACACGCCCGUCAACCAUACUUUCCAACAACAAAAAGGGAGGAUACACAAAGAGAUACAACCAUGGGCAAGUGA